AUAAAAUUGGCGUCUCUCUCUAUAUUUUCCAAAACAAAACGUAAUUUAAAACGAAGCAAUAAAAACAAAAUUUCGAUUGAAGCAUGGCAGAUGCCAAUGCAAUGGCAGCCGACAAAGUGCCGGCUAUUGAGAAGCGAGUGCAUAACAUCUCUGACCUUGCACAAUGGCAGCGCUCGCGCGCUUACCACGACCUGAUUGGGUACAUCAAUGGCACCAGCACGGCCAUACAGGGCAUCAAGACCACCGACGAGAUGUAUGAGUCGGAGGUGCUGCGCAAGCUGCUGGGAUUAGUCGACUCGCUGGAGCAGCUCGUGGAGCAGCAUCCGCCCCUGGAGCAGCCACAGAGAUUCGGCAACAAGGCCUACAGAGAUUGGUCCCGCGCCAUGCAGGAGCAGCUGCCCAACCUGCUGCAGCAGCUGCUGCCGGCCACCAAGCAGAAAUACCUCAGCGAGUUGCUCCAGUAUCUCGUCGAGAGCUUCGGCAAUGCUACGCGCAUCGAUUACGGCACCGGGCACGAGCUCUCCUUCGUCUUCUUCCUGUGCGCUCUGUUCAAGGCCGAGAUACUGCUAGAGCAGGACAUCGUCAGCGCUGCUCUGCGCCUGUUCAAUCGCUAUUUGCAGUUCGCGCGGCAUUUGCAGCGCACUUACAACAUGGAACCAGCUGGAAGUCAAGGCGUUUGGUCCCUGGAUGACUUUCAAUUCGUGCCCUUCAUUUGGGGCAGUGCCCAACUGGCAGUCAAAAGUCCCUUUGAUCCAUCCAAAUUCGUGGAAGAGCAAAUCAUAGCCGACUUUAAGGAGCAGUACAUGUUCAUCAGCUGCAUCGACUACAUCUGCAAGGUGAAGACGGGCCACUUCGGGGAGCACUCGAAUCAACUGUGGAGCAUUUCGGCAGUGCCGUCGUGGAUCAAGAUAAAUGCUGGGCUAGUCAAGAUGUACCAGAAGGAGAUCCUCUCAAAAUUUCCCGUUAUUCAACACGUUUACUUUGGUGAACUGAUGUCCUUCGACUCGGUGGCAGCGGGCACAGCUCUGAGCAGCGCCCGCCUGGGUCACGUGGCGCCGCCGCCGUCGAAGCGAAUUUGCAUUGGAGUGCCGACGACCGCGAAUCUUCCGCCGCCACCCGCAGAGGCCGCGAGCAGCGACCUCAACGUGGGCGACUCGAGCAGCGAGAGCAGCGACAACAGCGUCGUCCUGCGCACAGAAUCUUCCGCAUCGUUGGUGGCAGUGCAGGCCACAAAUUCGGGCAGCGGUUCCGGCGACAAGCCCACCGCGAAUCAACCGGGCGGGGAGGUGGCCAAGGAGCAGGCGGAAUAGUUGUUAGAAAUGUUUUGGAA